GUGAAAGUAUGGAGAAGCGGUAUUUCAAGAUACCUUACAAGGAGAAGCAGGUUGAAGCUUGCAUUCAGAAAUUAUCUUCAACUACAAAGAGAACAGGAAUUAUUCUCACACAUGGAGCUGGCGGUGAUAUGGAGCUACCUCAGUUGUCUUCCCUCGCUUCCCUGCUGGCUGAACAUGGAUUCACUGUGGUCAGGUUCACGUGCAAAGGGUUAAACCUUGGAUAUAGAAUUAAAGUAUACUCUACGGUUCUGGAACACUGCAAAGACGAAUUUGGAGAGGUGGCACGGUGGUUAAUUGGAGGCAGGUCAAUGGGUGCGCGCGCAGCAUUGGGCGUGGCUAAUUCAAUUAGAGGGACACCACUCGCAGACUCCGUCAUCGGAGCUAUAUGUAUAUCAUAUCCUCUUCACACAAAAGACAACUAUUCGGAUUUGCGCGACGGUCCUUUAUUCGAAUUAGAAACACCUGUUUGUUUUAUCAGUGGAUCAUGUGAUGAAAUGUGUGAUAAAAGUAUGCUUGAGUCAGUGCUAAAGAAGAUGAAAGGGUCUGUACUAAUCAAAUGGAUUGAUGGUGCAGACCAUGGGUUGAAAAUAAGUAGGGGAAGAAACUCGGCUUCAUCUUCAGGUACUACUAGUGUCCAAGAAAUUAUAUGCGAUACUCUUUGUGGCUGGAUUGAAAACAUGCAGCAUAGUGAAUCUAUGAUCCAGGGUGUACAAGCGUCUACAGAAAGUGACCAUUGUAAAAUGGCAUUACCAUUGACUGAGAAACGAGGAAGGAAGCGAAAGCGAGAGAAGAAGAACUAAAAACCUUGGCAACAAUUUGAUUUCAGAUGUACCUUAUGACCAGUAGACUUUAUAUUAAGCAAAUACGUGAAUUUCAUGGCUUUCUAUUGGUUAGUAGAUAAUAAGCUGAUUUUACUGUUAAUAGGCGCAACAUGUAGUUUUUUUUUAAUUAAAAUGGAUAAUCGUCUUUACCCCAUUUGACUUAAAUUAUAAAACAUGCAUAUGAUUUACGUACAAAUGAAUAAAUAUUUGCGAUA